UCCAGUAAAAUCAAAAAAAAGUACACUGACACUUUGGAUUGUUGGAAAUGUCGUAAAGCUAUUGAGUGUUUAAAGGUACCUAUACAACCAGUUGAAGAUAGAAAUUAUUUCGAUUAUUUGGGUCUACUUCCAAGAUUUAACGUUGAUCUUUCUUUAUUGAAGAUAAAUUUUCUCAAAUUGCAGUCAUUUGUUCAUCCUGACAAAUUUUCGAAAUGUUCACAAAAGGAGAAAGAAAUAUCUGAAAAUUGCUCACGAUAUCUCAAUGAAGCGUAUAAAACAUUGACCGAGCCGUUGGAAAGGGCGAAAUACCUACUCACAUUGAAAGGAGAGCCAUUGGAUGACAAAGAUUUCUUGAUAGAAAUGAUGGAACUAAAUGAACUGGUAGUAAUAAGCAAUGAUACGAAUGAACUGAAUACGUUGUUGGAUGAAGUGAAAAUUAAGAUUCAUUUGUUAGGAAGAGAAUUUGCGAACAGCAUUGAAACAAACGAUUUUAAAAAAGCAAAAGAAGCUGUAUUCAAACUGACAUUCUAUUAUCGUUUGAAAGACGGUUUAUCAAGCAGAAUGUUCAAUAAUGAAUAA